AUUAUUUCCCAAGUCCUUUAAAAAAAAAAGUGUUUAUUUUCCACUGGGAACCGGGCAAUGCUGCUCAGUGAGAAUUAAAAAAAGGAUUAAGGGUUCUGGCAAUAGGAGGUGGACAUGUCUGUGUAUGUGCGUCGGCUGUUUCGCGUUUGGGCACGGUUACAAGUUGCCGCUAUUGAUGCCAACCUGCUGGCGUGUUGGCACGGGAGGAUCAACACUGCGACAUAGGCACAAACCUUGCACUGUACUGAACUGAUAAGGGCCCUCACACGAUUUGUUUUGUACAGUUCUAUCUUGACAUCCUUGAAAUGUAAGAAAGCAGGAAAUAACAUUUACAAAGAACGAGUUGAAGGUAAAAUGUCACAUGGAAGCUCUUUCUGGGUCACAGAUCACUGAAGUUGAAAUCUCAUUGUAAAUCUCUUUCCAUCAUUGACUGUGUCUGCAGCUCUAAGGAUGAAGAUUGAAAACAGCCUGCCUUGCUCUCAGCUCCCUGAGGCCCCUCCUCAGACCGGGCUGAAUUUUACGGUGGCGACAGAGGAGGACUUUGAUGACAUCAUGGCCAUGAGCAAGGAUAUCUAUGGCGGCCUGGACUAUCUGCCCUCCCGCUAUCAAGCCUGGCUGCAAGAGAGCAACCGCACUGUCAUUUUGGCUCGCAAGCAAGGCAAAGUGAUUGCACUGGAGUCAGUGUGUGUUAUUGAUGAUGGUGAGACCAUGCUGGUGGAAGGGCUUCGUGUUGCCCCACAGGAGAGGGGGAAAGGUGUGGCAGGAGUACUUCUUCGCUUUUGCUCUCAACUGGUUAAGUCCAAGUACCCUGACAUUAAAGUCAGCAGACUAACAAGAGAUGACCAGCUGGGGCCAAAAGAUUUCCAGAAGUACCGGCUCAUCACCAAACAGGGAAUCCUCCUGGUGCGCUUCCGUGCUGAAGACCUAAAAUUACGCCUUGCUGAUCUCGGGUCUAAUAUCACUGUAGCUGGGGAGGGUCUGUCCACCACAAACAUCCCCAUUCGUUUGGAGCCAGCAGAGGUGCAUCAGCUCUUCCUAAGCGAUGUUUUGAUGCAGGGUGUCCUUCCUAAUGCCACCAUCGUUCAAGAUUGGCAGCCCUUCAAGCCUCUGCCUAGCAACAUGGCCAUCCUGCUGAAGAAGGACAUUGAUUGGAUGGUUGACGAUGCCAGCCGCCCAACCAUGGCCAGCCUGUGCACCUUCCCAUUCCGUGUGCCAAUCGGCGAUGACUGGUACUACCUCAACAUCGACAUGUUUGGUAAAGACCUGACGCUGGCCAUACAACAGCUGCUGUGCCACCUGAGGUGCCACACUGGCGCUCUGAAGGGUUACGUCAUGUGUCAGGUGUUCCUGGAGCCUGCGCUGUGGAAACCUAUGGCUGAUUUCUUUAGGGAGACCCUGAAAGUGGAGCUGGUGAAGGAGUACACAGAGCAGUGCGUCGUGGAGUCCGAUGUCGCUUAGUCGAGGAGCCUCAGAAACACCUUCCCUUAAAAAUUAGACACCAAACCUACAUAAACAACUUCUUCAAAUAUGGCACCUAAAAGAAAACACCUAAUAUAUCUAGUUGAAAGGGACGAAAAAAACUUCAGUUCUAUUCUGCUUAACAAAAACGCUCGCAUAGGAUUUAAUUUAUUUUAACGACAAUUAAUUAAUUAAAAUGCAUGUAAGAGAACAAACUAGAAUAAAUGUAGUAGAUGCUUGUUUAGGUUACUUAAUUUAUUUCCAUAUGCAGUACUGUAAACAGUGGCGCUGACAGGACAGGGACUGGAAAAGAAGGGAGGAGUUUGAGAUGAUGUAAAAUAGGGACCCAAAUUGUUCCAGGCCCUUUCAUUUCAGUCGGCAUCACUGACAGUGAAAGCAUAUUUACUUAUGCUGAGUUGAAAAGAUAACUGCACAAUCUUUAGGGCACUUUAUGACAUGUAAAAAAAAAUGGGAUCUCACUUUAGCGUCUGUUGCUUUUUCAGAACAUGGCACUGUAGCUGCUAGAGAAUUUAGAGGAAAAAUAAAAAAAAACAGCAUUUCUGGGACUUUAAAACAGGCUGCCCAUAUGGAGAUCGAAAUAAAGUCCGUUUUAAUUAACUUGAAAAUACUAACAUUUCCACACAGAGAAAAUCUGAUUUCCAAAUUAUUAAUACUUCCUCUAAAGGUACUUUGCAGUGCUUUAAACUCGGUAUCAAAUUAUAAAUAUCCGACUAAGAACUUGCUUAUACAUUUAGAUUACAGUCAAGUUUUCGCUUUAAGUACUUGAACCUGUUUGCUAAAAUGAUGUUCUAUCAGUAUUUGUACUUAACUGUAGAAGUGCAAUUUCAAUAAUACACUGGAAUAAUGCUAGACGUACUUUCAGUUAGGUAUGAUUAAUAACUAAUAAUGAAACAGACAUGUACAAUUGUUUUUUCUUUGAUUCAUAUUUUAUUUUGUAAAUAAUUAGAAAUCGACAGUAUCACAUUACAAAAGACAGGAAUACAGUUAGGGAUAAAUACGGUAUAUACAUAUAUAUAAAAAUAAAUGUUUGGUUAUAAUGUUUAGUUAUAAUUCAACUGAGACAUCAUUAUGUAGUGAUUUUGUUACAUCGUAUGGUUAUGAUUCCGAAGAAAUUCCUCCAAAUUCAGUGCUCCAAUUAAAAACAAUACUAAUAAUGAUCAUCUCUGAAAAUCUUCGGCUGACUCAAUGUGAUUUACCCAUGGAAUCAAGAAAAACAAAUCGGGACAAUUGGAAACCUGAGCAAAACAAGUGACGACUGCUCAUCUCUAUGAGGAGUUUUUGAAAUUUUUGAACUGAUUUUUUGAAGUUUAAAGACAGAAAAGAAUAGAUGAAAUCACCAGUGCUUAUUUUUAUAACACAGAAGUUACAGGACACAUCAUCUCCUUCUACUGGCCUGAAGUGAAGAAAGUAAAGUGAAAUAUUACUAGGAUGGAUGAAGAAGAUCAGAAAAAGCCUUUACACAUCUUUAGAGCCAUUUUUAGUUCCUUCGCCCCAAAACCAGAUUGCAGCAUGCUUUUUCCCUGAAGCACUGUGCCAGAAUGAAAGACGAUUUACAUCUUAAUAUAUACAUAUAAAAUAUAUAAUAUAACUUACAGGUUUAGCCAUCACAGAGUUCACUCACUACACAGAUUUGAAUCCAAAUCUGUAUCCACUAAACUAAAACCUAAGCUAAAUUUCUUUAUUCUUUUUACUAAUUAUGUGUCUGGCUUGACUUCAUUCGGUGGACUUAUUUAGUGCCCUUGUAUGAACUCUCAACAUCCACUGACGAAAAGGAGGCCUCCUCUCCUCCUUCCUUUGGACAGCUGCAUGUGGGACUUGUAUUGCGGUCAGUAUUUAUAAAUGGCAAACAGGCAGUCUUUUUUUGAGUCUGAAAGUCAAGGCAUUUUACAGAUUAUUAACUGUAAUUGCAUUUGUAUAGGUGUACAUAUAUAUAAAUUUAUAUGUUUGGAAGGGGGAUGAUCUGAAAAGGGAAUCUUUGUUUUAAAAUUCUUUCAUGGCUGAAAUCUCAAAAUCCUUCAUGUCUGCGACAUGCUUUCAGAGGAAAUCAGUUCAAAAUAAAUAGCCGUGAAGCACAAGAAACAUUAGUGCCUCAGUUUCCCAUUAUAAUUACAUUCGAUCAAUUUAAAACGAUCUAUUGGCCUCCAAAAAGCUGUAUGUGAUGAUUUUAAAUCAGCUUUUUUUCCUCUCUAAAGCACUCGUCAGAAUGAGACAUGAUGGAUUAGAGACCCAAAAUGUGUAUGCCAUGUGUUUUUUGUUGUACAUAGUGCAGUGCAUUUAGAUUUAAGUGUUAUAUAAUUAUGUCCGUUUAUCUUAGAGGUUGAGGGUUCCCACACUAGCCUUUAUAUUUAGCUGUUACGUUCUUUUGUGUGACAUAAUCCGGUAAUCAUCUAAGACUAUUUCUCUUUUAUUUAUUCUUUCUAUCCUUCAGCUCCACCUAUUAGCACUUUGGAUGUCUAAUUGCCUUUCUGAGUAUUUGUGAAUUGUGCAGGAGGUUGUAACUCUAUAUUUUACACAGGUCCUAGUGCCAGGGCCACGAGACUAUAAAAGGUUAGAGGCAUGUGACCACCUGAUGGCGAAGAGAUGUAAAGGAUACGUUGCCCCUUGUUUCGCUGGCACACGAGGAGUGAACUUUAAACCCAUUUCUUUCAAUUAUGAAGUGGCUUUUCACUUGCUUUUUCUGGAAUGGAAAAAUAAGACAGGUUGCAGAGGGAGAUGAGAGAUGAAGCCGGGGCUAUGCUAGGAAUAGGUGGCGAGGAGAGCACAUGUGAUCCAGAUCAUGUUACCGCUCUAAAAAUGAGAAAACAUUCGUUUUGUCUAACGUUGUAUUCACUCUUUAAAAUAAAGGUUCUUUAUUGGCCUCGAUGGUUCCAUGAAGAACCUUGAACAUUCAUGGAACCUUUCAAAUAUAGAAAAGGUUCUUUAAAUUUUUAAAAUCAGUUCUUUUAAGAACUGUUCACUGAAAGGUUCUUUGGGAACCUUCGUUUUUAAGAGUGUUUGUGACAAAAAAGGGAGGCAAAUGUUCGUAAUUAGAAGCAACACACUAUUUUGGACCGGCCCAGAUCGGGAUAUCUGUAUUUCCCGUGCUCUGGUUUAUCAGACUCAGCACUACAGUAAUACCUCAAGUGCUAAGGCAUACGAAAGCAAAUAUAUACACAGACACUUGUUAUCCUGUGUGACUGUGGGCCAGUUUAAGUUUCAGGGCUCGUCUCUGAGUAAGUGAAACUGGAUCUGGAGAGUGUCAUCUUGCGUAGAACAAGGGUUCGCCCCAGACUCCCUUUACCUUCCACCUGAUCCCCGCCAGCUUGACACAUGGAAAGAGUGAACAGGAGAGGUUAAAGUAAGAAGGCUGCGUUCCAGCCUUGUUAUACGAAUGCACUGUCCUUUACCACGCUGCUCAGUACCUAUUCCUGAUGUUCAUGUUGUUAUGUCACGAUGGCAUCUUUUGUUUCUCAUUUUCCUGACUGCUUUGUAACGUUUAUGAAGGGCUUUAUGUGUACUAGAAUCAGCUGUGUAUUGUGUUUUGUGACUGAGGGGAAAACCACCAGGGAGAUACAUUUCUUUUUUUAUUCCAAGUCGCUAUUCGAACGUUUAAAGAAACUUAACUGACAGCCUUAUUCAGGUGAUAUCAGUUGAAUUGCUGAUUUGCACUAUCAGAGCUUCAACUCUGCUUCUCCCUUUGUCGUUUUCCAUAGAAAAAAAAAAACGUAGACUGUGUCUAUACACAGAUGCUUCUGAAAUGGAUAAAUCACACAGGUAUUUUCACCUGUGGUGCACUAAGCUAUUACAUUUCUUCUACAAAUCUAAUGCAGUAUUUAGAGGUAAAAUCCAAUGGAAUUUGUGUUUUAUCUCACGCCAUGUCAGAAUCAUCCAACUCCGAUUGGGUCAACCAUUCAUCUAGCUGUUCUGAUGUGCUGCACUUUAUACUGUAGAUAUGUAGAUAUUCCAAAGCACAGUGGGGAUCUUCAUAAAACAUCAGUGUGGGUUGCUGUAACAGUCAUGGUCAUUCAGUGGAUCACGCUAUAUAUAUUUUUUGUGAUCAGAAUGGGAGCAUGGGCGUAUCUGCUAACCUUUUUAAAUUUUUAAUCGGUGUGCUCCUGACUUUAUAGAUGUUAAUAAAGCUCCUACUUAAUGACCAUUGUCUGAUUAAACCACACUGUACCUGUCUGAAACCGCUGAUGUAUCAGCAAAGCAGGGACCAUGAUUUCUACAGACCUCAACGAAGGUGGUGGUUUGAAUGUCCAUGUCAUCCAUUCUCUUGAUGCAGCAGUGGCUGUUGAGUUUGUGUUCACUCAAGUCUUCCCAUUAGCCCUAGAGUCAAAAUGGGUGUCAUGUUUUGUGUGUUUGUGCAGAAUAACCUGUGAUGGGAAACUAAUGCUUAUAGAUGGGAUUUCUAAAGAAAAAAAAAAAAGAAAGAACUCAUGGCCAACUGUCAAUCAAGAGGGUGAAUACAAUUCAAUGCUAUAAAGGCAUUUGAUUAUAUAAACUGUUUUUCUUUUUUAAACUUUUUUUUUUAUUACCCAAUAUGACUGCUUAUUCUCAAGCAGUGAUGUGACAACUAAUGGAAAGAUAUUUUAAUAUUUUGUUACCUUUGUCUGUUCCUUUUUUCAGAGAUUGUGAGAGAUGCAGAACUAUUUUAAAUACAGUAAUUUUUUAAAAACCUUAUAAUCCAUGAGAGGUUUUUGAAAUGUGCAUGUUGUGUGAGUGGGUGGGGAAGGGCUUUACAAUGAGCAUGUGACUAGAUUUACACUGAGCACAAAGACCCUGUACUAAUACAUUUGGAACCCGUCAACUGGUGAUAAUUAAUGGACAAAUUAACGAUUAAACAAAGUCUAGACAGGGUAUUUAGAAAUUGUAAGGGUAAACAUUUUUUUUUUUUUUUUUUUUUUAGCCACAAUACACAUUUUUAGAGACUAUAGGCUAUACUUUAAUUGUAUAAAAUCUGAUCACUUUUUUUUUCUUUUGCUUGCAGUAUUUUGUUGUAAUUGUGUGCAUCUCUAUAUACAUAUUUCUUUGUAUAUAUAACAAAUAACUCAGCUUGAAUAUUUCAAUAUACAACAUAUAUUUAGAAAUGUUUCCAAAAAAAAAUCAACAUUAAAGCAGCGGUCAUUAUGUGUGAACUGUAGACAGUGGUUUAACUAAAAAUUGUAAUUUGCUAUUAUUUAUGCUAGUAUUGCUAUUUUAUGUUUUAUUUGUAGUUUUUUUUUUUUUUUUUUUUUUUUUUUUUAAUUGAGUACAAAUCCUGGCUAAAUUCGUUUUCAGAAAUUAUUUGCAAAAAUUCAUUUCAUUCCCUAUUCUUUGAAUUUAAUUCAUUCAAUUUAAGUUUAAAUUUGCCUUUACUAAAUGUUUAAUGUACCAACGAAUGUAAGUAGGAAAUUGUAAAUGGGUGGAUGAUCCAAAUGAUCAUCCAGGAUGAUCCAGAAGCAGAUUAAAGUGUGACUUGGCAUAUGGUACGCAGUAACCUUAUCUCAUUUAAGUAACGGAUAUGUCACAAAACCAGUCUAUGUGCUGUUUUGCAUUUUGUUACAUUAAAUUACGAUGACAUGUGUAUGCUUAACAUGUAUAGGACAGGUUUACUGCACGUAAAUGUUUGUUUUUCUGUAACAUUAAACAAUAUGUAAAUAAUUUAUGUAAAAAUCUAAAUAACAUCUAAAGCCAGAGCUUUGUCUCGGCUGUCGAGUGUGAUGAGUAAUUCUAUUUAUAGUUUCCCAAAGAUCACAUGUUGAAUGCAGUAGAAAUCCAGAUGGACCCUGUGAAACACAACUGUCAUUUAAAAGAAAGCCCAAAAUCAUAAGCUCAAGACACAAGACCCAAAAUGUUGAAAUUCUGUACAUCUUUCAGUGAGAUCCUUGAGAUUUUUGGAGCUUAAAAACAGCUUGGUUUUUAUGACUGCAACAUGUGAUGGAAAACAAACACUGCACUGAGUCACUGCAGUCUUUUUGAGUUACUUGGUUCAUGUCAACCUUUUGUUGUGUUUUUGUAUUACUUUACCUUGUGCAUAAUCAUUUAACAUUUUUAACAUUUUAACUAGUGUUUAUGUUGUCAGAGUGUUUGUCAUUACCAUUGUAACACCGUAAGCGUAAUGAUCUUUAAUGGCAACGGAUGUAAUGCAGUAAUUCAUUUGCAAGAAUGAAAAUGUGGCAGAUAACAAGCAGCUUUAUAUGAAGACCUGUGACUAGUAUUUUGUUGCUCAAUGAGUUUGUAAAAGGACUGGUGAGGCUUUAGCCACUUGCUGUAGUUGCAAUGCAGUACCAGGAUGAACAAAAUGUAUCUAAAUAGCAUAGUUUAGAUGUCAUUCGCUAAGUGAUGUUUUCAAUCGAUGUAUUAGAAUAAUUGUUUUAUUUUCCAAAAUGUUAAUCAAAACUUAGUGUUAGAGAUAUUUGUGUGUGUGUGUGUGUUUACCUAACUGUAUAUUGUACUAUUUAGCAAUAAACAAACCAACAAAAAAGAAAAAAAGAAAAAAAAAAAAAAAAAAAAAAAAUCCCCCCAAAAAACUUUAAACAAACGAGGCAUAGAAUGAAUUCAAAGGUGUUUAGAAAAAAGAACAGGAAGUGAAUGUUGUUGGCAGUGUUACAAUGCAGUUAUUCUGAAAAAAAAGUGAGAGCCAUACUUUUGUUUUUUUUUAAUUGACAUAAUGCAUUGUGUAUUAUCAGAAAGCACAGCAGAUGCUUUUAGAGUCACCUACAGUACAACACAAUACACAAAUCACGUUACAGACAAAUACCAGGACAAGCAGCUGACAAUACACAAUGCUUGCCAAGCUAGGCCUUAGUCACCAAGAAGAAACUCCUUACAACUGCAGGUAUAAAAACACUUUGCUUACUAACUGAACUCUUAGCCAUGAUUGCUUGGUAAGAAGCUACUAAUUAGGUUUCUUGCUUGUUAAGCAUGUUUCAUUUGCAUUUUGCAAAAUCUUUGUUGAGCUCAAAAAUCAACCCUCACAAAAAAUGGACCCUGUGCUGCACGGUUUAUUCUGGAAUAUAAUGCUGUGUCCUUGGGCCUGCUAUUAUCCAUAAAAACUAUUGCACCAUUAUAUUACAGAGAACACAUGCACUGCCAGCACAUAAUGUAAAACAUAGCAUAAGAUAAGUGAAUCAAACGCAGUGCUGCGGAAGUCCAGCGAGGAUAUAUAUAUACAUAUAUCAGGCAAUGACAAAUGGAGAAUGUGAGAAGCUUCCUUGCUGAACUAUGCUGACAUGAGAAGCAGCUGUCACUGCAGCCUCACAUUGCUGACCUCUAGCAUUCUUCCACUGCACAAGAACAAUGCAAUGUCUUAUAGGUGACACAAUGAGCAUUUCUUAAUAAACACAUAUAGGAAAGUGGGAAUGUCUCAAAUGGUGGCAGCAUGAAAAUGAGAGAUGGACAGCUGCUAAAGAUGGGUUUGAAAAUUAAACCCAUGCCACCUGUUCUUGGAUUACAGUGACCAUUUCAGAAAUGCAAUGCACUCUAAUACAGAUCAGUAAAUCGAGUUGAGAUUAAAUAAAAUGGGUCUAGAAUGCUGACAUCACGACUCAAUUUAUUUCUGAUAUUUUUGGGCUUA